AUGUAUGAAGGCCCUGAGCUGGAUGUGGUGGAUGGAGUUGGAGGAGGCCCUGAGCUGGAUGUGGUGGAUGGAGGUGGAGGAGGCCCUGAGAUGGAUGUGGUGAAUGGAGGUGGAGAAGGCCCUGAGCUGGAUGUGGUGGAUGGAGGUGGAGGAGGCCCUGAGCUGGAUGUGGUGAAUGGAGGUGGAGGAGGCCCUGAGGUGAAUGUGGUGGAUGGAGUUGGAGGAGGCCCUGAGCUGGAUGUGGUGGAUGGAGGUGGAGGAGGCCCUGAGCUGGAUGUGGUGAAUGGAGGUGGAGGAGGCCCUGAGCUGGAUGUGGUGGAUGGAGGUGGAGGAGGCCCUGAGCUGAAUGUGGUGGAUGGAGGUGGAGGAGGCCCUGAGGUGAAUGUGGUGGAUGGAGGUGGAGAAGGCCCUGAGCUGGAUGUGGUGAAUGGAGGUGGAGGAGGCCCUGAGGUGGAUGUGGUGAAUGGAGUUGGAGGAGGCCCUGAGGUGGAUGUGGUGGAUGGAGUUGGAGGAGGCCCUGAGCUGGAAUGUGGAGGAGGCCCUGAGCUGGAUGUGGUGGAUGGAGGUGGAGGAGGCCCUGAGCUGAAUGUGGUGGAUGGAGGUGGAGGAGGCCCUGAGGUGAAUGUGGUGGAUGGAGGUGGAGAAGGCCCUGAGCUGGAUGUGGUGAAUGGAGGUGGAGGAGGCCCUGAGGUGGAUGUGGUGAAUGGAGUUGGAGGAGGCCCUGAGGUGGAUGUGGUGGAUGGAGUUGGAGGAGGCCCUGAGCUGGAAUGUGGAGGAGGUCCUGAGCUGGAUGUGGUGGAUGGAGGUGGAGGAGGCCCUGAGGUGGAUGUGGUGAAUGGAGUUGGCCCUGAGGUGGAUGUGGUGGAUGGAGGUGGAGGAGGCCCUGAGCUGGAUGUGGUGAAUGGAGUUGGCCCUGAGGUGGAUGUGGUGGAUGGAGGUGGAGGAGGCCCUGAGCUGGAUGUGGUGAAUGGAGUUGGAGGAGGCCCUGAGCUGGGUGUAGAGGAUGGAACUGGAGGAGGCCCUGAACCCUACAAGGUGGGGCCGAUAUUUGAUGGUCGGUGGUCUCCAGAAACGCCUCUUCACCCAACAUCCUCCCAUCCAAGGAAUGAGGCUACAGCAAUGGCUGGACACACCAGGAUCCAAGCAAUGGAGAUAUCCACUGGCAUUGUGCCAUCCCACAGACCAUGGUCAGCAUAA